AUGGAAAGAUGGUUAAUUUAUAAAUCUAUGCAUCCUUAUAAUGUAACAUCAUACCUUGGAUCAAUGUCACAAAAUGAAUUUAUUGAACUACUUGUUUCUGAAAAUCUUAAAACUGUCAUACAAGAAAUUCAUAAGACAGAAUUGUUUGCAGUUAUGGCUGAUACUACACCAGACAUAUUACUGAAAGAUCAAUUAGCUGUAUGUUUAAGAUAUAUUGAUCAAAAUGGAAUAACAAAUGAACAUUUACUAAAUGUAAUUGAAUCUACGGAUAAAACUGAAUAUGGAACAGCAAAAUGUAUUUAUAACUAUCUCAUUAAAUAUGAAAUUAACACUGAUAUUGUAGCUUUUCAAUUAUAUGAUUAUAUUAUAUUAUAUUAAGUCAUAAAAGUGGGAUCAACAAAGGAGUUCAGCGUUUCUUAAAUGAAUUUGUAGACCAUUCAGUACCAUACAUUCUAUGUCAAACACGCAUAAGAUGAAUUCUUUUCUAAAACACAGUUAUGAUGAUAGUACUAUAAUUGGUGAUUUAAUUUUUGUACUUGAAAAUAUUUAUGCAUUCUUUUCAGAUAGUACAAAGAGAUCUAAAGAUUUAACUAAACAUAUGAAAGAAAUUGAGGGGAGUCUACAGCUUAGGAAUCUCUCAAAAACCAGAUGGACUAGAUUAGAAAUCAUUAAAUCUGUUAGGAUAUCAUUAGAUAUAAUUAUUGAAACGUUAGAAAAUAUAAUUGCAUCAAACAAUUUUGAUAGUUUAAUUAAGACAAAAGUUGGUUUAAAAGAAAAUUGUAUUUCUAUUUUUGAGUAUCAUUAA